GAGCCCCGCGCGGGCCCCGCGCCCGAACCUAGCCGCUGUCUCUGCCGAGCCGGGGGCGCAUCCGCUGGUGCCACAAUGCACCGGCCGGGGGAGCCGGGCGCCGCGCGCUUCGGCCCACCCGAGGGCUGCGCUGACCACAGGCCACACCGCUACCGCAGCUUCAUGAUCGAGGAGAUCCUCACGGAACCGCCCGGGCCCAAGGGCGCCGCACCGGCCGCCGCUGCCGCCGCCGCGGGCGAGCUGCUCAAGUUCGGCGUGCAAGCGCUGCUGGCGGCGCGGCCCUUCCACAGCCACCUGGCCGUGCUGAAGGCCGAGCAAGCGGCGGUGUUCAAGUUCCCGCUGGCGCCACUUGGCUGUUCCGGGCUGGGCUCGGCGUUGCUGGCUGCGGGGCCUGGGCUGCCCGGCGCCGCGGGCGCGCCGCACCUGCCUCUGGAACUACAACUCCGCGGGAAGCUGGAGGCAGCCGGCCCUGGGGAGCCCGGCACGAAAGCCAAGAAGGGGCGCCGGAGCCGCACUGUGUUCACCGAGCUGCAGCUGAUGGGCUUGGAGAAGCGCUUCGAGAAGCAGAAGUACCUCUCCACGCCAGACAGAAUAGAUCUUGCUGAGUCCCUGGGCCUGAGCCAGUUACAGGUGAAGACGUGGUAUCAGAAUCGGAGAAUGAAGUGGAAAAAAAUAGUGCUUCAGGGCGGUGGCCUGGAGUCCCCUACCAAGCCCAAGGGACGGCCCAAGAAGAACUCCAUCCCCACGAGCGAGCAACUCACAGAGCAGGAGCGCGUCAAGGAGGCGGAGAAGCCGGUGGAGGUGCCGGGCGAACCCAGCGACCGGAACCGCGAGGACUGA